CCCGGUCUGCGGGAGUAGGUGAUUUUGAAACGUUGUAGAAAAGGUGGAGGAGGACGCUGGAAGGAGUCGCAACUUUCUCUCUUUUCUCACCAGCGUUCUGAAGGAGUCGUCGCCCGGGGUUCUGCACGGCUGAAUGGACUUGAGUCUGUCCCUCAGCACGCAGCUGGAUACUACCUGUCCCUGGGCACUUGAGCUUUUCGGCGGCUCUUUUUUUUGGGGAACCUUUUGUCGCUUAUGGACUUUACGCGUUUUGAUUUGAUGUGAGACUGAGGAGGGAGACGUGGAAGCAAGGCACACUCUAAUCUGCUUUGGUUUACGUUGUCGCCAUGUCCAUGCUCCCCACGUUUGGGUUUACGCAGGAGCAAGUGGCGUGUGUGUGCGAAGUCCUCCAGCAAGGGGGGAACAUCGAACGGCUGGGACGCUUCCUCUGGUCCCUGCCGGCGUGCGAGCACCUCCACAAGAAUGAGAGCGUGCUCAAGGCGAAAGCCGUGGUCGCCUUCCACCGGGGGAACUUCCGAGAGCUGUACAAGAUCUUGGAGAGCCACCAGUUUUCGCCUCACAACCACCCGAAGCUGCAGCAGCUGUGGCUCAAGGCGCACUACAUCGAGGCGGAGAAGCUGAGAGGCCGCCCGCUCGGCGCCGUGGGGAAGUACCGCGUCCGGAGAAAGUUCCCGCUGCCCCGCUCCAUCUGGGACGGAGAAGAGACGAGCUACUGCUUCAAGGAGAAGAGCCGGAGCGUCCUGCGGGAGUGGUACACCCACAACCCGUACCCGUCUCCGCGGGAGAAGAGGGAGCUGGCCGAGGGUACGGGACUCACCACGACGCAGGUCAGCAACUGGUUCAAGAACCGACGACAGAGAGAUCGAGCGGCGGAGGCGAAGGAAAGAGAAAACAACGAGAACUCCAACGGCAAUGGUCACAACCCGUUGACUUCCUCCAUGAAUGGAAAUAAGACACUAUUGGGGAGCUCGGACGACGACAAAACCCCGUCGGGGACGCCGGACCACACGUCCCACAGCCCGGGCCUGCUCCUCAGCUCGAACACCGGUUUACAGUCCUUGCACGGCCUCGCGCCACCGCAGGGACCCAGCGCCAUCCCGGUACCGAGCGGCGUGGACUCGGUGCACCAUCACCACUCCAUGCACCACGACACCAUACUGAACUCGAUGUCUUCUAAUCUAGUGGACCUUGGCUCUUAAACCCCCCCGCCGCACUUGAAUAAACUCCAGACCUUCUUUUUUUUCUCCACCGUUCUUUCUGGAAAAGUAAUUCAGCCUUGAAGGUGGCGUAAGACGAGCUCCAACCACUUGUGGAAAGGUACGGUGGUGAACCAGGCCACCGUAACAAGUCAUGUAGUCUCACUUUCUACAGUUAAACUCGUUAUUUAUACAAGUGGAGGGGAAAGAUCUGCAAGUGGGAGCAGAGCCUCCGUUUAGCCCCUAAAAUUUAAACUUCUGCUUGUUUCAAGGAUUUUCCAGAAACAAGUGUCAAAGCAGAGCACUUAAAUAAAAGUCUUCAGAAUUAAUUCAAUAACAAUCGCCAUGUUUUUCACUUUCAUUGGCACCUUGAAUGAAUUCAUUUGAGAUCAUGUGACUUGUUAUAAGGCGAAGCAUUUUUUUUUUUAGCAGUGGUGGUGCAGACGCAAGAUGAAGUGGAACUAAGGUCGUUUUAGGUAAAAAAUAAAUAAAAGUAAAAAUAAAAAAAAGAAUAUAUAGAAAUAAAAAAGUCAAGAAAGAAAGAAGUAAAAAAAAGUAUUUUACCCGGAAUGUAAUAAUAAUAAUAACGCAACUUGUUAUACUGUUGAAAACAAUAACAAUAAAAUGUCUUAAUUCUUUGUUAUUAUUAUUAUCGUUGUUAUUUGAGGGGUUUAGAUGAAUCCACAGACUCUACAGGCACAGAGUUAAGGUACCCAUCGCUUUUUUAUUUUUCGUUUUGUUUACACAGAACCAUGACCCCUGUUAUUUUU